AUGACUAUAUAUAAAUGCCUGAUUUCGAGGCAAUUAGCAGUCAAUUAGUUAAAAUGUACACACCGAGUGAGGCGGCAGCUUUGGAGAAGCUCAACUACUACAAGAUCAGGGAGAUGAUUCGAGCCACUUGGACUGUGGGAUAUAACAUGAAGAAGCCCACCCGAUGGGAUAUUCUUUUGCAAUUUUGGAGCAUUGUACUCAUUGCCGCUAGUCUGGCGUCAUUCUAUGGACAUUACCAACUCUUUAUACGCUUCAUACACGACAUUCCACGCAUUAGUGAGACAAUCAGCACUGUGUUUCAGUGUACGAUGGCCAUUAUGAAAAUGGUAUAUUUUCUUCUGGCGCCGCGAAAAUUCUACGUGCUUUUGCGUCGCGCCUGCAGCCACGAGAUGCUGCUGAACUGUGAGCUCUUUCGCCUUGUGGCAGAUUUGCCAAUUGCUCGGCCGCUGCGUCAGCAUAUUGAGAGCAUCAUGAAUCGCUGUUGGAUCAGCAAACGUCGACAAUUGUUGUAUUAUCUCUUCGCCUGCAGUUGCAUACUGAUCAACUACUUUGUCACUUCGUUGGUCAUCAACCUGUAUCGCUCUUCGACCCACGAACAAAAUGACUUUGAGGUUGUACUACCAAUUCCAUCAUUGUAUCCCGGCUGGAUGGACAAGGGCAUAACCUUUCCCUACUUUCACAUACCAUUGAUCUUUGAGACCGCCAAUCUAUAUCUCUGUGGCAUGGGUACUCUGGGCUUUGAUGUGCUCUUCAUUGUGCUAUGUCAGCACGGCGUUGGCCUAAUGCAGUCGCUGAGCCACAUGAUUGAGUGCUCCACAUCGUCGUUGGUGCCACAAGAGAUGCGCGUUGAAUACAUGCGCUGCUGCAUCUAUCAAUAUCAACGUGUGGCCGCCUACGCUUUGGAGUUGAACAAUACCUUUAGGCACAUCAUCAUCAUACAGUUUCUGCUCAGUCUUUUCUGCUGGGGUCUCAUUCUCUUUCAAAUGAGCGUUGGCAUUGCCACAAGCAUGACGACAACAUUAAGGAUGUUCAUGUAUCUCGCGGCCGGUGGCUAUCAGAUUGUCAUCUACUGCUAUAAUGGACAACUCUUUGCCACAGCUAGCGAGCGCAUUCCAAAGGCAUUCUAUAAUUGUUUGUGGUAUGCGGAAUCCCGAGAAUUUCGCCAGCUCAUCCGCAUGAUGAUAAUGCGCUCAAAUCAGACCUUUAGUCUGGACGUAUCGUGGUUUACAAAAAUGUCACUGCCAACCCUGCUGUCGAUGGUGCGCACAAGUGGACAAUAUUUUUUGUUGCUGCAGAACAUAACACAGAAAUAAAGUGAAAGCAAUGCUUCA